CUCUCUCUCUUUCCCUCGCCGCCUAUAGAUACAAUUAUACGUACAGAACCACUAAUAUCUGUGUCACACAUAAAAAUCAGCAAUUACAGUAUUCAAUUUUUGGUUAUUAUUAUAUCUAUAUUCUCCCCUUUCUCUCUCUAGAUUUGGUAACCUUGUGAGAAGGUGCUUUUGUUGUUUAUGUGGCCAUUCACAAGGUCUGAAAUAUAUCUGCUGAUUGCCACUUUAUGAGCUUGCAGUGCUUGCUUUCGACUAGAAAUAAAAUUGCUAGUAGACAUAUUUGGACAUAUUUGUUUGCUUGUAUGCAACUGCUUGCGAAAUGGGCUCCAAAGGAAGGCUGCUAUUUGAUCUUAAUGAACCACCUGCUGAAAAUGAAGAUGAUAACAAUAGUGUUGUUUGCUUCCAGCCUCAGAGGGCUAUUCCUUCAAUCACUGCACCAACUGACUUGUUUGUGGCAUCUGCUGGUCUCCAAGGGAUAGUAAAUAACAAUGCUUUCUCCCAUGCUUCGUCUGUAUCUGGUUUCCAGCCAUUCGUCAGGUCCAAAGUUGUUAAGGGACCUGAUGUUUUGGAUGAAAAAAAGAGUUUCAUGGAUGUGCCUAGCAGUAUUGCAUCUUCAUCCAAAUCAAGCAAUGGCCAGGAUACGAAGGAUUCACCAAUCAUACGAUCAGGUUUAUUAGAUGUUCAGGAUGUGGAAAAGGAAGAAGGGGAAUGGUCUGAUGCAGAGGGCUCUGGCGAUGCUUACAAAGGAAGUGUUCUUCAUGAAGACUCAACUGGUGCUAGUAAUAAACAGGUUUUGGACAAAAACGCAGUCGAGAUGAUUGAGAACAAUGUCCACGUUGCAGGUGCUGAUAAUUUAUCUCCUAAUCAUGGUAAUGUAAAAAAUGAAAAUGGUGGCCCUUUGGAGAAGAAUCCUGAAACAAAUGAUAAGAAAGGCCAUGCAUCCAUGGAGGGUUCGGAAGAAUCUGCUCCAGUGCCAAAACAAAGAGAAGUUAAAGGAAUUGAAGCUAAUCAUGCAUUGAAGUAUGGAAAUAGUAUUGGAAAGCGUCCUAAGCUGGACCAGCAAAAAGAAGCAAUGUUAGGGAAGAAGCGCAGCAGGCAGACCAUGUUUCUCAAUUUAGAAGAUAUUAAGCAAGCUGGUGUUUUGAAGUCCUCGACUCCUAGAAGGCAGAUUCCUGCACCAACUAUAACUCGGACAAUGAAAGAAACCCGUCCUACUUCGGGAUCUGCUGAACGUGGGGAUAAGCAAAGUCAGCUUGUAGUUAGAGAUGCAAAACAAUCUGAGUUGUUGAGCAAUGAAGGAAAAUCUUUUGUGGAGUCAAAUGAGUGUAAAUCUGAGAGUAAUGGUGACCAUAGUUCUGGCUCUAAUGGAGUUCCUAGGAAAUUCAAUUCCGCAACUGAUGUUUCUUCAGAAGGACAAACACCAGUGCUUCGGAAGCUGCCUCCUGACACAAGGCAACAUAAGAAUUCACAGUUCACUGGUAGGAAACCAGCUAUUAGCAGCCAGACUUCUGUUGAUCCUAAAUUAGCUGCAAAAAAGCUACCUAACAAGAAACAAACUACAACAAGCAACCAAUAUCAAGAUUCCUCUGUGGAGCGCCUUCUGCGUGAGGUGACAAAUGAAUCUUUUUGGCAUCAUCCAGAGGAAGAGGAGCUGAAGCGUGUUCCUGGUAGCUUUGAUUCAGUUGAAGACUAUAUCAGUGUAUUUGAGCCCCUGCUUUUUGAAGAAUGUCGAGCGCAACUUUAUAGUACUUGGGAGGAGUCAUUAGAAACAGUUUCAAAUCAUGUUAGGGUGUGCAUAAAAAGCAUUGAACGGCGGGAAAGGGGAUGGUUUGAUGUGAUUUUGACCCCACCGCAUGAAUACAAAUGGUCAUUCAAGGAGGGAGAAGUUGCAGUUCUUUCAUCCCCCAAGCCUGGAGCAGUGCAUAUUAGGAGGAAUAGUAGUUCCUUGGCCCUGGAAGACGAGGAGAAGCCAGAAGUUAGCGGCCGUGUGGCUGGGACAGUCAGGAGAUAUAUACCUAUCGAUACCAGAGAGUAUACUGGGGCAAUUCUUCACUUCUAUGUUGGAGAUUUGUAUGAUUCUAACAGCAAGAUUGACGAUGACCAUAUUCUGCGGAAGCUCCAUCCUGGGGGUGUAUGGUACCUGACUCUGCUUGGAACUCUCGCAACCACACAACGGGAAUAUGUUGCUCUGCAUGCAUUCCGUCGUCUUAAUAUGCAGAUGCAAAAUGCUAUUCUUCAGCCUAGUCCAGACCAGUUCCCAAAAUAUGAAGAACAGCCACCAGCUAUGCCUGAUUGCUUCACUCCAAACUUUGUUGAACACCUUCGCAGAACCUUUAAUGGACCCCAGUUAGCUGCGAUUCAAUGGGCUGCAACGCAUACAGCUGCUGGUACAUCAAAUGGCGUGAUGAAGAAAUCAGAGCCAUGGCCCUUUACUUUGGUCCAGGGUCCUCCUGGCACAGGUAAAACACAUACUGUCUGGGGAAUGCUUAAUGUGAUCCACCUUGUCCAGUACCAGCACUACUACAUGGCAUUGCUAAAGAAACUGGCGCCUGAAAGCUAUAAGCAGGUUAAUGAGAGCAGCUCAGACAGUGUGGCCUCUGGUUCCAUUGAUGAAGUUCUGCAGAGCAUGGAUCAGAAUCUGUUUCGGACUCUUCCAAAACUUUGCCCAAAGCCAAGAAUGCUCGUGUGUGCUCCCUCAAAUGCAGCAACUGAUGAGUUGCUUUCACGUGUGCUUGACCGUGGAUUUAUUGAUGGCGAAAUGAAGGUUUAUCGCCCUGAUGUUGCUCGAGUUGGUGUGGAUUCUCAGACUAAAGCUGCUCAGGCAGUUUCUGUGGAACGAAGGACCGAACAACUUUUAUCGAAAAGUCGUGACGAGGUCCAUGGAUGGAUGCACAGUUUGAGGAUUCGUGAAAACCAGUUAGCUCAGCAAAUUGCUUACCUUCAAAGAGAACUUAAUGUUGCUGCAGUCACUGGACGUGCACAGGGAUCUGUUGGUGUUGAUCCUGAUGUUCUUCUGGCAAGAGACCAAAACCGAGAUGCAUUACUUCAAAACCUUGCGGCAGCUGUAGAAAAUAGAGAUAAAACUCUGGUUGAGAUGUCCCGACUUCUCAUUGUGGAAGGUAGGUUUCGAGCUGGUAGCAACUUUAAUUUAGAGGAAGCUCGAGCAAAUCUGGAGGCAAGUUUUGCCAAUGAAGCUGAAAUUGUUUUCACUACUGUCUCGAGUAGUGGGCGCAAGUUGUUCUCUCGUCUAACUCAUGGCUUCGACAUGGUUGUUAUUGAUGAAGCAGCACAGGCUAGUGAAGUGGCAAUCCUACCUCCACUUUCUCUUGGUGCAGCUCGGUGUGUUCUUGUGGGGGAUCCGCAGCAGCUUCCUGCCACUGUUAUCAGUAAGGCUGCAGGAACCUUGUUGUACAGUAGAAGCCUGUUUGAGAGGUUUCAGCAAGCAGGCUGCCCAACAAUGCUUUUAUCUGUGCAAUAUAGAAUGCAUCCUCACAUUAGGGAUUUUCCUUCAAGACACUUUUACCAAGGACGUCUUACAGAUAGUGAGAGUGUUAUUAAUUUGCCGGAUGAAAAAUAUUACAAAGAUCCACUACUGAGGCCUUAUGUCUUUUUUGAUAUCAGUUAUGGGCGCGAAUCUCAUCGUGGGAGUUCCGUGUCUUAUCAGAAUACACAAGAAGCACAGUUUUGUGUUCGCUUAUAUGAGCACCUUCAGAAGGCUAUAAAAUCAUUGGGAAUUGGGAAAGUUUCUGUUGGUAUAAUUACUCCUUAUAAGUUGCAGUUGAAAUGCCUUCAAAGGGAGUUCAAGGAUGUUUUGAAUUCAGAUGAUGGGAAAGACAUCUAUAUUAAUACAGUGGAUGCGUUCCAAGGCCAAGAACGUGAUGUCAUAAUCAUGUCUUGUGUGCGCGCAUCAAGUCAUGGAGUUGGGUUCGUUGCGGACAUUCGUAGGAUGAAUGUUGCACUUACUCGAGCGAAAAGAGCUCUCUGGGUAAUGGGAAAUGCAAAUGCGCUGGUGCAGUCUGAUGAUUGGGCUGCACUAAUUGAUGAUUCCAAAGCACGAAGCUGUUACUUAGACAUGGAUUCUCUGCCUAAAGAGUUUAUCCCUGAGAAUCCUACCUAUGGCGCUUUUUCCUCCAAGCUCUCUGGUGGAAGGGGCUUGAGAUCUGGGCCAAGAUACAGAUCAUAUGAUUCACAAGUAUAGUCCAGAUCUGGCACACCAUCGAAAGAAGAUGAAUUGUAUUUAAAAUUCCAAGGAAUAGAGCUGAAGGGCGGGAGCAGAUUUGUUGGAUGACUGUGAUUAUUAACCUAUUGACAAAUCUCGAGAUGCCUAGCAACAUGGCAUACAAAAGAAGCAGAAAACUGCUGCUGUUAUUGGAAAACAGGAUGUGAAUAUGGGUAUGAUCUUGAAAGUACCAUUCAAUAACCAACCCAUCCUUGGCCUUGUGAUUGCUUGGACUGUGGAAGAUGAUAAAAGCGGCAAGUUCCCUGGAGAGGAGCCCCAACUUGGGGGCACUGCAGGAAGAUGGGCUUCAACGUCAAAAUCAUAUUUAUGAAAACAUGGCUACUUGUUGAAGGAUCUUUGCAUUUCGGUCAAAUAACUUUGAGGUGAGUGAAGCGAAAUCCCUUCCUCAGGUACUGAUAAGAUUUCCGUUAUACCAAGGUGCUACAUUCAGAAUCGGCAAUGCAAUAAUCUUCACUGAUUUACUGAAUUACUAUUUGGAUAGAUUAGGAUGGAUGGGACAUCAUGUCUUACUAUGAAACAGUUUCUCAAGGAGGAUUCCUUAUGGAGAUUCUUGAUUUUCUUCUCCAACAAGUUUUCCUUAUCUAAUGCGUUCCACAGCUCAACCUGUAUUUAAGAUGAUGGAUCUCACGAUUUCUUAUGGCUGUACGACUAUGGUUACCUCUGUCAGUGACUGACUACUCUUUGAUGCAAGCUUCAGAAACUCUAGACAUGGAAAUGGAAUAUUAUUUCGGGAGGGCUGGUGGCCGAUUGUCUGAAUCCUACUGCAUAUUUCGAGCGUUCGCUGAAGAUAUGAACCAGCUUAGUUUGCCACACUGCAAAAGGUGUUGUAUAGAAUGUAGAUGCGCUAGAAAAUUCUUUUAAAGAUGAAAAAAAGGAUGUUAGUAUAUUAUAUAUGCCUCCAUUACUUCAGCAAAGCUUAACAUUUCAAAAAUUGAAUUAAUCCAAAUGAUUGAUUUCUUUUAGUUCA